UCGCAGCGGCUGCCGCGAUCGGUUUCCGACUCCUCCCUCCAUUUCAGCUUCAAGGCGAGGAGGAGCGAAUUGGCGCCGCCGCCGCCGCGGCGGCUUUGAUCUCGCGCGGAUUCACCGAGGAGCGCGCGCGAGCGGGCGAGCGAUUCGCCCUUUUCGGUUUGAUUCGAUUCGGUUCGGCCCCCGGUGGUGUUUGAUCCUCUCUUUUUUUUUGGAGUUCCCAUCGAAUCCUGCGCGUUGCCUCCACCUGGCCUUCUGCCUCCCUCCCGGCGACGAGCCUCACCCAUCUACCGCAUAUCCUGUUCGAAUUCCUUCCUGUCACCUGACCCUCCCCUCCCCGCCUUUCUGCCUCGACGGCGGGCGAGCAGGUUUUGGAGCAGGGGCGUCGCGGCCGGCCGGCCGGCAUCCAGCUCCGCUCGAAUCGAAUCGGACCUAAGAACACAUAGGAGCAGGAGGUGAUUGUCUCAAUUUUAGUUCUGGUAAUUACCUGCAGCAAGCUGCUGAAAUCUCAGGGUAAUGGGAGUUAGGUCUUCACAGUGAAGAUUCCUUAGAUGAAGGCACACCAACUGUGGCAGUUAGGUGCCAAGGAUAUGAAGGCUGUCCCUCUGCCUCGCGCACGUACUUCUCGGAAAAAACAUGUGUGCAUACUUAUUGCAGCUUUUGUCUCUGUUGCAACACUCUGGACUUAUCUCUAUCCACCCCAGCAUUACACAUCUCCUAUGAGAGACUGGCUACCUGCAGAGCCUGUCAGGGAAUUGACGGAUCAAGAGAGAGCCUCACAGGUUGUUUUCAAACAGAUUUUAUCAACACCUCCUGUUAAGUCGAGGAGAUCAAAAAUUGCUUUCAUGUUCUUAACUCCUGGUACAUUGCCAUUUGAAAGAUUAUGGGAGAAAUUUUUUGAGGGUCACGAGGGAAGAUAUACUAUAUAUGUUCAUGCCUCAAGGGAGAAACCAGAACAUAGCAGUCCCUUAUUUAUUGGUCGGGAUAUACACAGUGAAAAGGUAGUAUGGGGUAAGAUUUCCAUGGUUGAUGCAGAGAGGAGAUUGUUGGCGAAUGCACUAGAAGACAUUGAUAAUCAGCAUUUUGUGUUGCUCUCUGACAGCUGUGUACCUUUGCACAAUUUUGAUUAUAUGUAUGAUUACCUGAUAGGAACAAAUAUCAGUUUUAUUGACUCCUUUUAUGAUCCUGGACCACAUGGAAAUUUUAGAUAUUCGAAAAACAUGUUACCGGAAGUUAAAGAGAGUGACUUCAGGAAGGGUUCACAGUGGUUCUCAGUCAAGCGGCAGCAUGCAUUGAUGAUAAUCGCAGACAACCUUUACUAUACUAAAUUCAAGCUUUACUGUAAGCCUGGGAUGGAAGAUGGUCGCAAUUGCUAUGCUGAUGAGCAUUAUUUGCCAACACUAUUCCAUAUGAUGGAUCCAAAUGGAAUUGCCAAUUGGUCUGUGACUCAUGUCGACUGGUCUGAAGGGAAGUGGCAUCCAAAAGCUUAUCGAGCAAAUGAUGUUACAUACGAGCUUUUGAAGAAUAUAACAUCAAUUGACAUGAGCUACCAUAUCACCAGCGAUAGCAAGAAAGUGGUUACCCAGAAACCUUGCUUAUGGAAUGGAGUGAAGAGACCGUGCUAUUUGUUUGCGAGGAAGUUCUACCCUGAAUCCAUAAACAAUCUCAUGAACUUAUUCUCAAAUUACACCCUUUUUUGAGUUCUGCAGAGCGCCUGGGCAUCCUACACUCAAAAGCUUGCGUGCUAGGGAUUUAUAUAGGAGAUAUUUUGUUAUAGGGAUCUUUGUAAAUUGGAAGAGAUUAGCAGAUUUAUUAACAAUAUCUGGUAUAGAAAUAGGUAGGGGAGAAGGCAUAUGCUGAAGCAUUAGGGUGGUUCAGAUCUCCACGUCAGGCCAUUGCCACUCCUGAAUACAAUUUCUUUUAGGCUCACCUUAUUUUUUUACUAGCAUAUUUCUCUUGGUUUCUAGCUGCAGAUUCCGUCAUGUAUAUCAAGCUUAUUGUAACUCUGAGAAGACAUUAUUAGAGGAGGCCAUUUUUAUUGAUUUAUUCAUAAAGCUUUCAAACCUCUGUCUU